UCCACGUGCACAAGUAAAAUCCACAGCAGGCCUGUCUGUGUAAUAUGGACUGUGGCCUCUAGAGGGCACCCAAAUAUGACUCAGCAGGCUGGGUGAUAUUUGGGUGAUCCACCAAAGUCAGCCUGCAACAGCGGAAGUAUCAUAUGUGUUCACGUGUCUGUGGCCAUCGAAACAACGUCCUCCUGUCCUUCUACAGAAAUAUAGGGAAAACAUUCAGUACAGAAAUUUACAGUAAUGUCAGUGAGUCAUUAACAUGAAAUAAAAGUAGUUACAUGGGAGCUGUACCUCGUGUUUAUCAGGGUGUUACAUGGAUUUUAAGAAUCACACGCUACAUGUCAGACACUGUCACAACUGUAAGAAGAAAAGUUAUGUGAUGGUUUCUGGUGAAUCUGGAUAAGGUGGCUGCAGAUGCUACAGUGUGCACCGAGCGGUAAGAAGGUACAACACACUGAGCCCGCGUUGUUCCUACGUCACCAUGAUCAUGCAAGGGAUCAAUCACAUUGUUAUGAUGUCAUACCUUUGCAAUGUGGGGGGCGGGACCUUUGUUUAUAUCAAACACUCUUCAGGAACCAAUGGGAAGUGUUUUCUUUAUAACAUACCUAAUAUUAUCAAUCUAGGUUUGCUGUCAGGCAAAUUUAAGCAAGUCGUGUUGGUUUACUAGUGAUGCUAAUGCUAAUAAAAGCUGCAAUGUUGCUCCUGGACUAAGGCUGUCAUGGUGAUGAUCCCAACACUGAACCCACAGACGUGAUCACACUGGAGGGUUCCAGUACCUGUGUCUGGCAGCUUAAACGUGUUGGGUUAGGGCCCGAGCCACUGAGGGAGGGGCAGUCAUGCCCCGAGCACCCCGACUGGGUGACAGCAGGCUGCUGUUACUGGGAGGCGGAGGGGGGAGGAAAGAGAGGGCCAGGGCCUACAACAUCACAUGAUCAAAAACAUCAGCAUCCCAGUUCCUUCAUCGGGAUGCUGCAGGGCGCAGGUGUAUCUGGACUGGGAGAAGACCAUCCUGUCCUCCUACAGGAAGGUCCCUGACACACCUGCACACCUUCUUCACCGUGGGUUCGGAGUGUGGAUGAGACUCCUCUCUCAGACUGUGCCAGCUGAACUAGGCCGUGGCUCGGCUUCAUUAGACCACUGUGGGAGAUGCUGAUGGAGGCUGAAGAGAGAAUAUCAGCAGCAUAACCUCAGACCUGCUGGUAACCAUCACUGAGCUUCACUCUUUUUCACCUUUAUUCUAUUCUUCUGAUCAUGUUACGACGAUGAUGAUGAUGAUGGUACUGAUGUGGGUAUGUGUGUUAAAAACAAACUUGUCCCGGGUGGAGACAGGGCUCUCCGGGCGGAAGGCCCACUGCGUUUGAACGGAGUCACGUGACUGUGGCACCGGUUGAAACCGACGGAAAGCCGCAGGAGGCUCGAGCUGCAGACCUGCGCGGAGGAACGGAUCAAACAUCCAGCACAGAGUCCGGCUCCCCGCCUGCACACCCCCCGGUAUGUCCGCUGCUGUCUGCGUGCUGAAGACCCGCUGCUUCCUCCGGCAGCUCCUCCCCGGCCUGCCCGCCGCCAUGCACCGAAGCUACAGCCUGGAUGUCUCCGCUCCGCUCCUCCGGACCCAGGGCUACGUGGAUGGCCGCUGGAUCUCCGCUGCCUCGGUGUUCCCCGUCCUAGACCCGGCUACCGGACAGGAGAUAGCCCGGGUGUCGGACUGCGGCCCCGCGGAGGCCAAGCAGGCGGUGGACGCUGCGUACAAAGCGUUUCACUCCUGGAAGCAGUACACGGCCAAGGAGAGGAGCGUCCUGCUAAGGAAAUGGUUCGAGCUGCUGACGCUGCACAAAGAUGAGCUCGCCCAGCUGAUCACGUUUGAAUGUUGGAACUUCCCCAGCGCCAUGAUCACCAGGAAGGUCGGCGCUGCACUGGCUGCCGGCUGCACGGUGGUGGUUAAACCAGCUGAGGACACGCCGCUGUCGGCUCUCGCUUUGGCAGAGCUGGCAGAGCAGGCGGGGAUCCCGGCAGGGGUGUUUAAUGUGGUUCCGUGCUCCAGAGAGUCGACGCCCUCGGUCGGGCAGGUCCUCUGCACCGACCCUCUGGUGGCUAAAAUCUCCUUCACUGGAUCCACGGCGACCGGGAAGGUGUUGCUGAAAAUGGCCGCUGACACUGUGAAGAAGGUAUCUAUGGAACUGGGUGGCCACGCCCCCUUCAUUGUGUUUGACAGCGCAGACCUUGACAAAGCGGUGGGCGGAGCCAUGGCAUCCAAGUUCAGGAACUCGGGCCAGACGUGCGUGUGCUCGAACCGGUUUCUGGUCCAGAGCGCCGUCUACGAUCGCUUCGUGGAAAAGUUGGGGCAAGCGAUGGAUGCCGAGCUGCGUCUGGGUCACGGCUCGGAGCCCGACACCACGCAGGGGCCGCUCAUCAACGCCCGCGCCGCAGAGAAGGUGCUACAUCAGAUUUCGGACGCCGUGUCCCGCGGAGCGAAGGUGGUAAAAGGCGGGAAGCGCCUCGACGGCUCCUUCAUGGAGCCGACUCUGCUGGCCGACGUCACCGCCAACAUGCUGUGCACGAAGGAGGAAACCUUUGGGCCGCUCGUGCCCGUCAUCAGGUUUAACACGGAGGAGGAGGCUCUGGCUGUUGCUAACGCGACCAGCGUCGGGCUGGCAGGUUACUUUUACUCACAGGAUGUGAGUCAGAUCUGGCGGGUGGCGGAGGCGCUGGAGGUGGGGAUGGUCGGCGUCAAUGAGGGGCUGCUGUCCACGGCAGAGGCCGCGUUUGGCGGGGUGAAGGAAUCCGGUUUGGGCCGCGAGGGCUCCAAGUACGGCAUCGACGAGUACCUGGAAGUGAAGUACGUGUGCUUUGGAGGCCUCAAACCAUGAGGAGGAAGAGGAGGCGGUACAAAAGCUGUGACUCAGUGGAGGUGGUCGGACUCUUUUAUUAACACGUGAUAACUCUUUCAAUAAAGUUUGAAUUCAUGCAGGAUCAAAAACGUCCAACCCAGGACUUUGUAAAUCACAUUUUGAAUCAGCUGUCGCUCCUCGCUUCUAUGCUCACACAAUCGGCAUCAGCGCAAAGCUUUUCUGAUUGGCUGCUUAUGCUUGUCAUAUUACACGAUGGUCCCGCCCACCAAACUAAACACGAAACAAAGUUACGUGAAAAGCACAAAAGUUCACCAUUACAAAGUAUUUCAGCCUCGCCGUCAGAGCGCCGGCCUCCCUGCAGCACACGAACCAGAAACGGGUUGGUCAGUCGCUCGCCACACGGGUGUUUAAACCUAUCUGAACCCGUCUCUCAGACUGGUUGAACUACCUAAACUUACACCAGUAGGAGGCGCUACUCAGUCCGUUUAUCUGCCCUGUCUGCUGUGAUUGGCUGGUUUUGCUAUCAGUGUUAAGGGAUUGUAACCUGAAGGGGAGGGGCUAACAAACCGCCACAUUGGACCAUUGAAAAUUAAUGAAUAAAUGUGAUGAAACUUGUUUUUAAAAAUUAUUUUCUGCUUCACCCGUGGCGCAGCGAGUGUCCAUAAAGCUCCUGAAUCAGAAUACUUGAUUCAUUCCUAAAGAAAUGAUGUACGUGAUGAGCGACGCGCCUGAUUCUUUGGAAACGAAGCCGACAGAGCGACAGCCGGGCGCCGCAUGGAGCCAUGAGAACAUGAAUGGGUGCAAACCUGUCGACUCGUGUGAAACGUUCUCGUAACAUUUUAAUGAAAUCUGUAGCAGUUUAAUAACUGGAUGUUUGUCUCUGUAACUUUAGCUGAUGGGGUCAAAGUUCAUGUGUACAUUUUGUAUGUGGGACUACAUUAAAGACGAGUCUGUGUUA